AUGGCGGAAUCUCAUCAACCGGAUGAGAACAUCGAGACAUGGAAGAUGAAAAGGCUGAUAAAAGAGCUGGAUUCGGCUCGCGGCAACGGAACCAGUAUGAUUUCCCUGAUCAUUCCCCCGGGCUAUCAAAUCUCCCACGCGAGCAAGAAGCUCGCUGAAGAAGUAGGCAAAGCAUCCAACAUCAAGAGCCGGGUGAACCGCCAUUCCGUCCAGACCGCCCUGACCUCCGCCCAGCAACGCCUGAAACUCUACAACCGGGUACCCACGAACGGGCUGGUGAUUUAUGCCGGCACGAUUAACGACAAGAAGUUCAUCAGGCACUUGGAACCCUUCAGGCCGAUCAACGCUUUCCACUAUGUUUGCGGCUCCAAGUUCCGUACGGAUGAGAUGAAUGAGCUUUUAGAACGUGACGAAGUGUACGGGUUUAUCGUUAUGGAUGGUAACGGUACAUUGUUUGGGACCUUAAGUGGAAACUCGAGAGAUAUCCUUCACCAGUUCCAUGUUGAAUUGCCUAAUAAGCACCGAAGAGGCGGCCAAUCCGCCUCUCGAUUUAGCCAUAUUCGGGAUGAGAAGCGGCACAACUAUCUAACAAAAGUUGUUGAGCUUUCGAUUAAGCACUUUAUAAGUGACACAACAAACCAAUGCAAUGUAAGGGGGCUGAUUCUUGCCGGAACAGGCGAUUUUAAGAACGAGCUCGCUCAGGCAGUCGUGUUUAAGUCCAGGUUUUCGUCGAGAGUUUUGAAUAUAGUGGACACGGCCUAUGGAGGAGAAAAUGGUUUUAACCAGGCGAUCAGGCUCUCAUCCGAGCUCCUUUUGAACGUGAAAUUCUUGCAGGAGCAGCGGUUGAUUGAAAAAUAUUUCGACGAGAUUAGUCGGGACACUGGGAAGUUUGUUAACGGGGUGGAGCACACUUUGAAAGCGCUGGAGAUGGGGGCAGUUGAGGUUCUGAUCGUGUGGGAGGAACUCGAUUGCGUCAGAUACGAACUGAAGAUUUCGGCGACCAAAGACAUCAUAGUCAAGCACUUGAGCAAAGAUCAGGAAGCGAAUCAGGAGAAUUUCAGGGAUCCGAAUUCAGGUUUGGAUUUGGAAGUGAUGGAUCGGACCUUGUUGCUGGAGUGGCUGGCUGAUAAUUACGGCCAAUUCGGGUGCAGUCUGGAGUUUGUCACCAACAAAUCAACAGAAGGGUCUCAGUUUGUUCGGGGUUUUGGAGGGAUUGGAGGGAUCUUGCGUUAUCCGGUCGAGGUUGAUGAUUUCGAUCUCGACGACCCGACCGAUGAUGAGCCCGACGAGGAGGAGGAGGAGGACGAGGUAGUUUAUGAAGAGGAUGAUGAUUCUGAGUAG